CGAGAGCCGAGAGUGUUGCCAAUUAGAAACAAGCAAGAAUUCAAACGACAGAAAGCAAGUGAAGCUAUCACACCAAAGCAAUUUAAAAUUAAAUUAUUUGUUCUAUAAAUUUGAUUUAACAAAGAAACUUCAUUAAAAAUGGUUCGACGUGGACGUUCUGCAAGCCCUCCACCAGCUACCAGAAGGAGUGCCCCUGCUCCAGCACCAUCUCAAAAUGUGCCAGCCCGUGCCGCACCCCCAGCACAGCCACCAGCACCCGUACAGGCUGCUCCCACCGCUGUAGGUGCCCCACAACAGCCCUCUAUGUUCCAACAGAUGGCCGCCACCGCUGGUGGUGUUGCUGUUGGCUCGGCCGUUGGUCAUGCUGUCGGUCAUGGUAUCACCAGUCUCUUCAGCGGCAGCGGAGACAAAGAAGCUGCAGCUCCCGCCCCCGCAGCUGCUGCCCCAGCCCAACAACAGUACUAUGGCAGCGGUGCUGCUCAACCCAAUGAACCCCAAGGACCCUGCAGCUGGGAAAUUAAACAGUUCUUGCAAUGCGCCCAGGGACAAUCCGAUUUGACUUUGUGCGAGGGUUUCAAUGAGGCGCUACGUCAAUGCAAGGCUCAACAUCAUAUUUAAGUGAGAUUCCAGAAAUUUCGGGGGAGUCUUGGCAUUCCCAUCUGUAUACAGCGUUCCUACUCAGGAUAUCUUAUGAAUUGAAAUGUUUUAAUUUCUUCAUUAUUUACAAAACAAAAAUAUAUAGAUGUGUAUAAUUUAAAUUUAACCUAUUUGUUGUUAAAAAAAUAUUUUUUA